UUUUAACUCAUACUCAAAAUCUAUUAAAGUCGGGUUUUCAAUGUACUUGCAGUGAAGUUAAAAGCGGAGUUGAAUCAAAUCCAUCAGCAGCAAUCAGUAAAUACUAUCAGCAAAUUUUUAUAACAAAAACUGAAUACUUUGGUUUGGCUACUAUGAGUUUUGAAAAUGAAUUGAUUAUUCAACAAUUGAUUGCUGACAUAGUAUUUUUUCUAAUAUUUCUUCACAUCGAUAAGUUUAUCAUAGUGGUAUCAAGUAUUGGAGAUCCAGAUGAAAAUAAAUUAUAUGAUAUUGGUGCUGGAUUUGUUUCUUUAUUUAUGACACGUUAUCAUAAAGCACUGUAUCUAUUUGUGCUAAAAAUCGAAGAACACGAGUAUGUUUUAAAAAUCUACUCAGAAUCAGUGUGUGUUGGUAAAAUUACAGGAGCAGAUCCGGAUAAGGUUUGGAACCAAGUGGAAGUUCUUAAAAAAUAUACCAGAUUAUAUCUUUUUGAAAUUACAAAUACAUUAGUUCAACAACAUAUAAAUAUAUUAAAAAAUGAAUCACUAACAUGCGCUGUUAAAGAAUGGUCGAACACAAUGCAACUAGAGAAGGUGUUUAAUCUACAAAAUUCACUAUCAGUCAAAAAUUCACCAAAUAAAGUUUGGUGGGAUAGCUUUCGGGAUGUAUUACUAUUGAAUAAAAAAGGAUCAGAUAGUAUAAUUCGUAUUCUUUCAGUUAUCGCCCUAAAUUUUAAAUACCGUAUUCUUAAAGAAGAGUUAGGUGCCAGAAAGCAUGCACGGCUUUAUGGACCAGGCACAUCAACCUUACAAAAACCAAAAAGAACUGCUCAAAGAUUAACAGAUGUUCAAGAAGAGCAAUUUCUAUUAUUUUUUCAAGAUAAAGAAAAUGUAUCAAUGAGUUCAUAUCAUGUAGACUCAAAAACAAGAUUACCGAUCCUAUAUUUGUGUAAUCAAAAAAAAGGUCUAUGGGAAAAAUUUAAUGAAACGUACCCAAACG